AUGACUGUUUUGUUGCAGACGAUCGGGACGCUAAAAGGUCACUUAGACUAUUCGUUUGCAUCAGCUUGGCAUCCAAACGGUGUAACAUUUGCCACAGGAAACCAAGACAAGACCUGUCGUAUUUGGGACACAAGGAAGCUCUCGGAAUCAGUCGCUGUCCUAAAAGGUAACCUCGGAGCCGUACGGUCCAUUAGGUUCACAUCUGAUGGACGGUACGUUGCAAUGGCGGAGCCAGCAGAUUUUGUCCAUAUCUAUGACACAAAAACAGGUUACAAAAAGGAGCAAGAGAUUGAUUUCUUUGGAGAGAUAUCUGGGAUUUCGUUUAGUCCAGAUACUGAAUCUCUCUUCGUCGGUGUUUGGGACCGGACUUAUGGAAGUCUCUUGGAGUAUGGUAGAACCAGAGACUACACUUAUCUCGAUUCAUUACUCUGAUGGAAAAUCAAUUUUAAGCCUUCUUUUAUAUUAAAAAAAAACACUUACAUAAAAUAAUCUAUUAUAUGCCUACUUGGUUAGGUUUCAUAAUCAUACCGACAAAGAGAAAAAGAGAGAGAAACUAUCAGAAGCUGUUCAUUUGUGUAAUUUGAUUUGUUGUGCUUUUAAAAUGUACAUUUUUCACGGACUUGGAAAUUGUCUUUGGGAUUCAUAAGUCAAAAAACUCAAAUUCCUUCAAA